AUGCCGCCCUCCGCAGACUCCGCCGGUGGAAGCAGCGGCGGCGAGAUCGUGCUUUUUGGUGUAAGAAUGAAAAUCGGGAAGAGCUUGAGCAUGAAUAACCUCUCCGAUCAUCUUAGCAAUCCGGAGGCAGCGAAGGAGGACCGCGGAUACGCCUCUGCAGAAGAUGCAGAGCCUAAGCCGUUCGCCCAUGCCAAACCUAAGCGAGGAAGUCCAUCUCCAUGGACAGUGGAAGAGCACAAGCGAUUCCUUAUUGGAUUGGGAAAGCUUCGGAGAGGAGAUUGGAAAGGAAUCUCCCUCAAUUAUGUCAAGACUCGCACACCCUCUCAAGUCGCUAGUCAUGCUCAGAAGUACUUCCUUUAUCAGAGAAAACUCAAUCACCGUCCCCAUCUCCGACGUUCUAGCAUCUUUGACAUCCCCAUUGAAUCGGUUGUUGCAACAACGAUGGAAGAUGCUAGAAACGAGCAACAGAUCCCGGACUCUGUGCCUCAGCCUGUGACAUCCAAUUCCAACCUUUUACUAUCAAUGCAAGGUGGGAAUCCGUUGGAAAACAUUCAAAAUUUGUUAGUGAACAAUUCAUCACCAAUGUUUGUUCAUCGUCUUGAGCCAGCAACUUCCUCUCGAGCCAUGGCACAUCAUAACUAUAAACAUUCUUGGCAAAAAUAG